AAAAAAUGCAAAAUGGCCACGUCUAAUGUUGACGAGAAUUAUUUUUCAACAACAUUAGACGAUAAUAAAUUAACGGAAUGGGUGCCGCUCUCGUUAACGCUAGUAGAAUAUCCGAAAGGAGAUAUUAUAGGAAAAUUUUUGGCCCUUAUAAGUCUUGCUCCGUUUGGAAUAGGUGCUGGUUUUUUGGCCCUUAUAUUAUUUAGAAGGGAUCUACACACAAUAACAUUUUUUAUAGGGACUUUAUUAUCGGAAGCACUUAAUUAUGUACUGAAACACACAAUUUGUGAGGAACGACCCUUAAGAAGGGAUCAUUCUUAUGUGGAAUAUGGAAUGCCUUCAUCGCAUUCCCAAUUUGUGUGGUUUUUUGCUACUUAUGUAAUUUAUUUUGUAUUUAUAAGAUUGCACCAUUUGAACAAUAACACCAUCAUAGAGAAUGUAUCAAAAAUUUUGAUCAUUUCAUCUUCUGUAAUAAUGGCAUUGUUGGUGUCGAUAAGUAGGAUAUACCUACAUUACCACACAAUUGCUCAAGUUUUGUGUGGAGCCCUUGUUGGUAUUCUAUUUGCAACAUUCUGGUUUGCCUUAACCUACCUUGUGUUCACUCCAUUGUUCCCACAAUUAGUGACAUGGAGAAUAUCGGAAAUACUCUUGCUUAGAGACACAACUCUAAUCCCAAACGUUCUGUGGUUCGAAUACACCAAUACAAGGCAAGAGGUUCGAGCCAGGAGUCGUAAGUUAGUUCACAUGAAGUCUCAAUGACAUUUACUGGAUGACAGCUUGAACUUUACGAUUGUCUACAGGUUUUUCAGGGGCCUAAAGUCGUUUUUGUACUGGCCCCGCAAACGAUAAUCGUACAGUUAGGUUGUUACAGGUUUGUUACAAUCAAUUUUUCUAUUUCUAAGAGAAAAAAUCCCUAGAUUUACAAUCUAGGGGGAAAUUGUUUUGGGUUUUUUACAAAAGUAUCUGAGAAAAUGUCAAUUUACAUCAAAGUUUUUUAUAUUUUGAAGGCUAAUUUAAUCUUUGUGUAAUAUAUGGAAAAUAGUAUAUGUUUUGUAUGAUAUUAAUGUUGAUAUAACUUAAGUAUAUUUUUUUAUGUGGUAAAAUUAACUUUUAAAUUAUUUAAUUUGAAGCAUAAUUCUCAGAAAUAGUCGCAUAUGAACAGAAAAAUAUUUUUUUUUUGGCUGAAAACGUCAAAAUUUGGGGGGAUAUGGUUGGUAAAUCAAAAGUUACUAAACCCAUAAUUGGCAACAUUUAAUAAAACAAACUGUAAAAAAUCUGAUUUGGGUUGUCUUAUUUGUUAUAAAUGUUUUAGUUAAUUGAAAUUAAU